CAUCAACAACACCUACUGUCACUUCUUUUACUCUCUCUUUAUUAUAAUUCUCUCUCUUUAUCUCUCUGAAGCAAACUCUGUUCGUUUCUCUUUGAAUCUUAUAACUAUUCCGAUUCGCAUUGGAUCUAUUUCAGACCAUUUUUGUUAGUUCGAUCCAUUUCCUCCAUUUCUUUUAACUAACUUUUACGCGUGUCGUUUAUCAAUUGAGAAAUUGUGCGGGAUCUGCGCUCGGAACACCUGGAAUCAACAUGAUCUAUCCUCCGGAGGUGUAACCAAUCAACGGUUUGGAUCCGAUCGGAGGACAAACAGCGCCAUCAGAUGGCGCUGUUUAGACGCUUCUUCUAUCGGAAGCCGCCGGAUCGGCUUCUCGAGAUCUCCGAGCGUGUCUACGUGUUUGACUGUUGCUUCUCCACCGAUGUAUUGGAAGAAGAUGAGUACAAGGUUUACAUGGGUGGGAUUGUGGCACAACUACAAGACCACUUUCCUGAUGCUUCUUUCAUGGUGUUUAACUUUAGAGAAGGGGAGAGGCGGAGCCAAAUUUCAGACAUAUUGUCUCAGUAUGACAUGACAGUUAUGGAUUACCCUCGUCAGUAUGAGGGAUGUCCUUUGUUGCCGCUGGAGAUGAUCCAUCACUUCCUUCGAUCGAGUGAAAGCUGGUUGUCUUUGGAAGGGCAACAAAAUGUGUUGUUGAUGCAUUGUGAGAGAGGAGGAUGGCCUGUGCUUGCAUUCAUGCUUGCUGGUCUUUUGCUAUACCGGAAACAGUACACUGGGGAGCUGAAGACAUUGGAGAUGGUCUACAAGCAAGCCCCUAGAGAACUUCUCCAUCUUCUGUCUCCUUUAAACCCGCAGCCUUCCCAGAUGAGAUACCUUCAGUACAUUUCUAAAAGGAAUAUGAGUUCUGAUUGGCCUCCAUCUGAUACACCUCUACUUUUGGACUGCUUGAUACUUAGAGUCCUUCCAAUUUAUGGGGGGAAAGGUUGCAGGCCAGUUAUACGUGUUUACGGCCAGGAUCCUAAAAUACCAGCCAAUAGAAGUUCCAAACUUCUGUUUUCAACUUCGAAGACAAAGAAACAAGUCCGCAACUAUCUACAGGAUGAAUGUGCACUGGUGAAAAUAGAUAUUCAUUGCCGAGUUCAAGGGGAUGUUGUUCUCGAGUGCAUCCAUUUGGAGGAUGAUCUCAUACAUCAAGAGAUGAUGUUCAGAGCUAUGUUUCACACUGCUUUUGUGCGAGCAAAUAUUUUGAUGCUGAGCAGGGAUGAAGUUGAUGUCUUAUGGGAUACCAAGGACCAAUUCCCAAAGGACUUCAAGGCAGAGUCGUGGCAAGUGAAGAUGGUAAUGAGACAGAAGGUGCUUCACCUGAGGAAUUCUUUGAGGUGGAAGAGAUCUUCAGCAAUGUUGUAGAUGGUCAGGAGGCAAAGGGAGACUAUGAUACUCAAGAAGUCCGUGUCAAUAUGGCAAAUGAUAUAGAUAAAAAAGAAGUUUGGAAGGAAGAUGCUGAACCUCAUUCAUUUCAAGAUUGCCCAACCGAUGAUGGGAUUCAC